CGAAUGGCGAUAUGUUAGUUAAGUGCUUUUUUAAACCAAACUGGGCCUCGUGGAAUGGUAUGGUGCGCAAUAUCUAGUUUAAUGCGUUGAAGAGCAGGUAGGAUACCUGUAACAUGAUGUCAACACUACCGAAUUAGGUAGCACGGCUUUAAUUUGGCACAUUAUAACGUUGUUGUAAAGAUGAAGUAUGGGUCACUUCUGGAUUACCCUAUCAACUACAAGGAGGCUAUCGAUUGGAUAGUAGCCGUAAAGCAAACCGGUGGGAUAGAGCCAUUGGCCAAAGCAGUGGUGUCGCUCUUCUCUGAGGUAAUGAAAGGAGACCGUGUACUUGAUACCAUACAAAAGGUCAGGUGUAGGGCUCAAAGGGUCUUACAAAAAGCUAGAUUUGCAUGGCACCCAACCGUUUGUAUCGUACUAAGGGAGCAUGAAAGGGAAUGUGAAGAUCUGCAACACGACGACAUUCACACCAACGUCAUGGACCUUGAAUAUGAGUCAAAUGCUGACGUACAGUGCAAGCCCCAAACAAAGGAAGAUGAGGAUGUCGAAAGCGGGGAGCAUGAUGAGACUCCAGAAUCCCCAACGUUGGAUGAACCAGCGCUUUUGAAGACCAUAAGCGAUGAAGAGUUGAAAAAGGUUAUUAUAGAAUCCGCCAACCAAUAUGAAAAACUACUGAAGAAGCUUAUCAAAAGGAAGACGUACAAAAUGACAUAUUCCCCAAAUGCUACGUGGACUGCAUCGUGUAUGUGUGUCCCAAAAAGAUGCGCCAUCAUCCUAGUGUCAAUAGCCCCAAUGGUAUUCGCACUCACGAGUAUGAUGAGGCAUGUUGCGCUAAUGAGCCCCGCUGGGUCCAAAAUAGCAAGUGGAUCUGGGAAGAUGGGCUCCUUUUUCAGAGCUGCAGGCUACACCCUGGCCACGGACAUCAACCCAAAGAAGACGGUAGGGGUGUUCAGGUACAACGUGGAGUUUGCCAACAGCGAUAUUGUAUCCAAACUUCGUGAAAUAUCAGGAUUGUCAACAGAUGGAGAUGAUAAUUGACAAAGCGAUCCAUCUCGUAAAUAUCCUUGGUAAUGUCACUAAAAAGCAACCAUGGAGAACACGCCCGCUUACAACGUGCAAAGGACAAUGUUGUGGCAUAACGUGGUUGCGAGGUCCUAAACACGCAUUA